AUGGAUCAAGAACAGUUCAGCGGCUGGAGUCCCCCACGAGACGAUCUCGACGGUCUGAUCUCAGGUUACGAUGCGUCUACUACCAUGCCAGAUGAUGACAGGACCGCCUGGAGUGAACAGGGUACUGCAACAUCCUCUUCUCACCCCUCACGCUAUCUCGAGCCUUCUUCUCCAGGAAUUGUCAGAUCGCCCCUUCAACAGCCCACCAGCACAGUUCCCAGCUCUAGACCGCUCCCUCAGCGAAGGGUAGCUUCUUCCAACCAAAUCCCUGGCUUGUCCUAUGGAGAGCAGCCUACACCCGUCUCCUUCGAGCCUCCCCUUCGGUCAAUCUUUGUAUCGGGACCGCCUACUGCUUCCGUCUCUGCAAAUACUGCUCUGGCAUCUCUGAGCGCUGCAGUAUCCUCGACCAAUUCUGGCUCAUUGGCGGCUUUGACAAGUGCUGGCGCAAGUAUGCGUGGUAUUGUAAAGGCUGGAGACGCCACGCCUUCCGCUUUACCCGCUGCCUCGAGCAGUCGACAUCCUCUGCUCAAUCCUGAAAAGGAUGUAGAUGACCCCACGACGAGCACAGCCACCAACAUUUUUGAGCCGGAUUCUGUCAACACCUCCACGACCCUUGCCCGCCUGUUCAUAACAAGCGACACAACAAGUCCUGAUCCCGCAUCCAGAGUCCAUUCCCACCUUCGAACCGUGUCCAGUGCCAGCCGAAGUAUAGGUGGCUCGGCGACACUCACUGGUCAUCUCUUCCAUCAUGGAUUCGAGGAAGGCCGUCACUCAGAUAUUACUGUGUAUGCUUUUGGUCAGAGUUACAGACUUCACAAACUGCUCCUCGAUCGUGUUCCUUACUUUUCGUCUGCAUUCUCGGGCUCUUGGGCAGAGAGUACAGCGCGAGAGAUGAGAAUCCCUUGCGAAGACCUCGACCCCAACAUCACCAAAAACGCUUUCGAGCUUGCCCUGAAGAGAAUCUACGGAACACAGUUUCCGGUGCAGGAAGAGGAAGAAGCCAUUGGCCUGUUCGCAACAGCAUGUUGGCUUGACAUGCCUGACCUAGUAGACUCCUGUGUCGAUUCGAUCCUUCGACAGAUGCAGCCAGCUACCCUUCACAGCUUGAUUAAGCUAGUAACUAACAAUUACUAUGGCAAAGCCGGGGACCGUGUCCUCGCUUCCGCGAAAGCCAUGCUUUGCAAAGAGGGUUGGGAGAUGCCGUAUGAGUACUGGGACGAAAUCCCAGCUGAGAUCAUCCGCGAGAUCGUCGGGGGGGACCCCUUCUUCGUCCCGAGCGAGUGGGAGAGGUGGUAUCUCGCUUUAAAGCUAUUGAAUCGCCGACUGAGGGCCAAGGCCAUCGAAGGAGGGCUAGUCUCCCCGAGUGGUCGAUAUCUCUACCCCAAACCAACAAGUCUGCGAUUCUUUGCCGUGAGAUUUGAUGCACCUUACCGGAUAACUGGACACAAUCGGUACGUUUCUGAAAAGGACGAGGCCUGGGUUGCCUUGUACACAUCCCCGGAAAUCGCACCCCUACUCGUGCUGCUGGACGAAGGAAUCCACUAUGUUCAUCUUCGCUUCGAACAAUUGCAGCAGAUCCGGACGCAGAAGGACAUCCUUGGAGUUCCAGUACUCCCAGAAAAGGUCAUAGCUGAUGCUUUAUGGAUGUCGAUGGAACUCCGACAGAAAGUUCUCAAUGCCACUGAAACUGACGAAGCACUCGGGCUGAGCGAAGUAGCUGAAGACUUUGAAGAAGCCGAGGAUCAUGCCGAGCAAGCAUCGAUCCAUAAGAAAGGAAAGUCACGAGAUGAUGGACCACCCAGCCCUAACGAAGUCCCUGCAGAGAUGGAGUCUGGCUCCUGGGAUGGCAACGGCAAGCCUCGGAAAUUCUGGAUUCCGAGUAACGAUGUCUCGUGCGUGAUGGGAGGCACUCGAGAAGCGUGUAUAGCUGCCAACUCGACCAGCGUUGCGGAGUGGAGCACACAUGCAGCCAGGUUAUCAGCUAGCCUCGAGCCCACUGACGUGGCCUGGGCUCUCGACUUCACAAGUGGCAAUGUAAUCGACAGUGGCAGGCCUCCGUCUAGAGGCUAUUCGCCAACGUCGGCGCCCCGUUUCAGCUAUUACCCUCCAUUCCGGUUUUCAGCGGAGUUCCCCAGCCCACGGACACUCAAAGAGAAGAAGCGGGUCUAUUCACACACUGUUUGGUAUGCAGGGAGUCUGUGGAACCUCUACAUCCAGCGCGUCAACAAUUCCAAGGUCCAACAGUUGGGUAUAUACUUGCACAGAGCCAAGGAUAAAGAUCCGUGCGAGGACCCUCUUGCCCUGUGGAUGUCUUCCACUGUGGACGAUCGCAUCGGGCAGCUGGAGCGGGAGAUGCUGCUCCGAAAGAACGAACGGCGAAACCGGAGUUGGCACGUCAAUGAGCCCGUCCGUGGGUCGUCGGCAGUGGAGCAGGAGGAUGCAUCGGCCGAGUCGACACAGGAGUACGACAGUUCAAAUCCGCAGAUGACGGAAGGCGACAGGACGACUUUGCGACGGCGGCGGACGGCGGCAAAGGCGUCGGUACAGAAGACGUCACAAAAUGCCGAAACAACUGCAGGAAGGCUGUCGUCCACCGACACUCCCACCUCUCCCCCAGACAACCACGCCCUGAUGCUAGACUCGGACGAGGAAGACGCAGAGUUGUUGCGGACAAACAGGAAAUACAACGUCUCUGCCAUGCCGCCUUACAUGGACGGGCGUCCGACCAUCCGGACCUAUUUCAAGAUCUACUCACCGAGCAAAGGCGGGCGACUUUUGAGCAUUUACGAGAGCGCGCCGGACAAGUUCGACGUCAGCAAGAGUUGGGGGUGGAAGAGCAGCCAGAUGCAGCUCGACGAUGGGAUUGGGAUCGGCGGCGGAUUAAGUGAUACACAGACAAAGUCUAGCAAGGACGGGAAGUUGAGGUAUAUGGUUGUCAUUGGCAACAUCUAA